UUUUCUAGCGUUCAGUUCAGUCAAGUCAAGGUUCAUCAUCGGCAUCGUACAUGAUUUCUAUCUACUUUGUAAAGUGAAAACAGCGCGCCGCGCAUGUUUUGUGCAGUGUGUUGCUUUCAUCUGCAGAAACUGAAAUCGUUGAGGAUUUGAGUAACUUUUAAGAAAAAGUAUACAGGCCGAGUGCCAGCCAGAGAAGGAUUCAUAUUUGGGAAAGUCAUUACAGACGAAUCUUAUUCAAAAUGUCUCGUUCUGUACGGGCAGAAACGAGAAAUCGUGUUAAAGAUGAUAUUAAGAGAGUCAUGCAAGCUGUGGAAAAAGUUCGCCAUUGGGAGAAAAAGUGGGUGACUAUUGGCGAAACUACUAUGAAGAUAUAUAAGUGGGUCCCAAUAUCCACUAAUGAGCAGAAAAAGAAGCAUGCCUUAAAAAGAGAGAAUAAAGAGAACACUUUAACCCCUAAAAAGAUGCAUGAUUCAUCCAAUUCAAAUUUUGGCAUGGCUGAAGAUUCUAAUACAUGCUUUUCAACAGUGAGUGACUCGCAGGGCCCCACCGAAUUCUCAUCAACACACAUGAACUUCUCCGAGGACUCCAACUCGCAGAGCAGCGGCACCACAACCCCGGCGAAACGGUUAAAAACCGACUGAGUAAGGCUCCGCAAGAGAGACAUCUAAGCUACGGUGUCGAUCAGUGCGGACUCAAACUAUCCGAUCAAAGACCUCAAUGAACUGAGUGUUGUGUUGUGAACAUCUAUGUAACAUUUGUAAGCAUUUAUGUUUGAUGCAUUCAAUGUGAUUUUGUUAUUAACAUAAACUCUGUCUAUGAAGCUGCUAUGACUGAAAUGCCACUUAUAAAUAAUUUUAGUUGCUUUCUUUCUCAGCACUGGUAUCACUUGUUAAAGAGAAACAUUACUUAUUAUUCAGAUACAACUACUGUCAAAGCACAAGUGUAGAAGUAACGAGGGAUGAACUACACUGGAGCAUUUUCUUUUGAUCUUAAAUCUAUGAAGACUGUAGCCAGUGUUGUAGCAGUCCCUUCUACACUAACCCCAUCUAUUUUAAAACUUAAUAAGGCUCUUUACUAUUAAUAAAUAUUAAAGAAUAAUUACUGGAGACUGAUAAAUGCUCCAAGUGUACCAACAGUAGUAAACAAUUUUUAAAAUCGAAUGGAUAAACAUUACAAAACACAAGUGCAGUGAUAUACAAGCAUCAGCAUUAAGCUGCUAGUGUAAUAAUAAAAAGAUUGACAGAUAGACUCUUUAUUGCACCAUAAGAAAAAGAAAAACAGAAAAAAAACACAGGUACAAAGGCAGACUUCACUACAUAGUAUAAAACGAAGUAGCUAUUUUAGUCUGUUUGUCUGUAUGCUUAAAUCUUUAAAAUUACGCAACGGAUUUUGAUGCGGUUUUUUGUAACAGGUAGAGUGAUUCAAGAGGAAGGUUUUUAUGUAUAUUUUUUUCCGAAUUUUGCACCCUUGCGAAGCCGGGGCGGGUCGCUAGUAUAUCAUAAAUUUGGAUACAUGUGUAGGUAUAUGAGAAAGCAGAAUACAAUGCAAGAUGUGAAAAUGUGCAAGUUUUUUGGGAAAUGGAUGUGUUCCAAAACUGGUAAACAGAUAUAUCACCCUCUUCCUAAAAACUAUGGUAUGGGUAUACCAUUUUUCCAGUUGAACUCGGCCGCAAGUCUUCCGGGCCCACGCCAAUGCUACUUAUAAUCUACUAAAAUUCUAUUUUGCUAAUUCAGUGACAGAGUUUAUGGAAGAUUUAAUUUUAUUCAUUCAUUCAUUAACAAGGAAUUGUCUUUAAAUUGUGAAUGUAUAAAAUUUAUUUUUUUAAUAGUUAUGUAUGUACAAACAAGGGGAUUGAGUUUUAGCUAGUUGAAGUGAGAUAGUAAGUGAUAGUGCAAAGUAGGCUGACCCCCAAUAAAAAGUGAGAUAAGGUAGCAAUAGAGAUUUAAAUAUGAGUUGGUAGACUUAGCACAAAUUAAAAUAAUAAUUUUAUUAUUUAAAAAGGUUGACGAUACCAGCAUUUAUAAUGAUUAAAUUAAGUUCAAUUGUAUAUAUGAUACAUUAAUUAAGCAUUGUGACUUACCAUACAAAUAGUUUUAAUGCUUAUAGAUGUUUUAAUGAUGAAUAGAUUGUGAUGUUGCUUUCAUGAUAUAAUUAAAAUAUUUUAAAU